CUUUUCUCUGUGGAACUUACAUUAUUCAUACUGAUGGAGUCUUGGAGCUAUGGUUCUGAAGGAAAAGGCCUUCUUUUUACUGAUGAAAUGGAUUUUCCAGUUGAUGCUUUUGCUAGAGGUAGAAGAGCACUGAUAGGUUGGGACCUCAAGCCUUCUAAUGAUUUUGAAGCUGUUGAGAGUAUGGAAUUAAUGGAUUUUGGUUUUGCUGAUAUGAACAAAAAACCCUUUUAUGGUAACCCCAGUAUGGGAACUUUUGCUGCUGAGUUUGGUAAUGAUUCUGGUAAAAGGGUAGCUUCUCCUUCUUGUAUGAUUACCUCUAGUUCAUAUUAUGAAGAGGAAUCUGGUUCCAAGCAUUCUAGUUCUUUGAUGGAGUCUAACAGUCAAGAAUCUUCACUCAUUGAUUUGAAGCUAGGGAGAUUGACUGAUUAUAGAGAUGCACAGGCUGGCAAGUUUAUAAAGGAAACUUCUGUUGUUUCCUCAAUUCGUCCCGCCUUGAUGGCCAAGAAAGCUCGGACAACAAGCUUUUGCUGUCAAGUUUAUGGUUGUAACCAGGAUCUUAGCUCCUCAAAAGACUACCACAAGAGGCAUAAAGUUUGUGAGGCUCACUCUAAGACUGCCAAAGUUGUUGUUAAUGGAAUUGAACAGAGAUUCUGUCAGCAGUGUAGCAGGUUUCAUUUACUGCCUGAAUUUGAUGAUGGUAAGCGCAGUUGUCGUAAACGCCUAGCAGGGCAUAAUGAGCGCAGAAGGAAGCUUCAUUUCAAUACUUUUUCUGGAAAGUCACAUAAGUUGCUGCAGUCAUGUCAAGGUACCAAAUUUCCGAGGACAUCCAUACCAAAAGGAGCGCCUUUUGUCGUCCCAAACAUAUUUCAAGAUGACUUUGUUUAUCCAGAAAGAUAUGACCACACUAAUCAGUGUCAGCAGGUUAAAUCUGAAGAGAAACUAGUUUAUAGUCCUCAGUCAGCAAAACUGAUCACAAAUGACCGGUUUCUACCGAAAUCUUUCUUUCAUAUGCAUGGCAGUGGGAAACAAUGUAUUCCUGGAACUUCUUCAUCUGCAACUGAAGCCUUCAAUACUCCUAACGCAGCAGCAACAGUUAAAGAGUUUCCUGGGGUUUCAUGCACAGAUUGUGCUCUCUCUCUUCUGUCAGCUCAAUCACAGAACUUUUCAAGCCAUGGGACAGGAAUUCAAAUGAGUAGGCCCUUGAUCGGUCAAGCUUGCCACGCCCAUCAUAGCUCUGGGAAAUCUGCAGCAGUGUGUUCUUUGGAAAAAGAGAAAGGCUUUUAUUCAUGCGGAAUGAACCCUAUGGGAGCAGCGUCUGUUGUGGUCUCUGAUGCUGGUUAUACUGUUAAUUUUGAAGGCCAAGCAGAAGGAUAUUUUCAAGACUCAGAUCUUUUGAGUGCAAAGUAUUGUCUUUCUCCUGAAAAUGGAUCCACUGUUGAUUUGCUUCAACUUUCAACACUUCUCCAAAGAGUGGAGCGACAAAGGAAUUCCAUGCAAGUAAAGCAGGAAAAUGAGGACCUUUGUUCUUUCCUUACCACUUACUCUGUAUGAGAGGGACAAGGUUUGCAGGAAGGUGCUGCAUCAAAUGUUUUACCUGAUUGAUGCCCUCCAUGAUACAUUGUUAGAGAUUCUGAUAACAUUGGUAGUACAUUCGUUUCUGAUAGGUAUAUAACAGAGUGAAUUCUGGACUUUGUAACUGUAAAUUGAUGCAAGUUCAGUAGUAUUUUUUUCCUUUUGAGAACUCUUGUUCUCUGCUGAUUUUAUUUAGUUAGCUGGUUCAAUGAUUCUGUUACUAUAUGAUCCUAUUUGAGACAUUGUUGAAGGACUUUUAGCUGGUUUAGUGAUCCCAUCACUUUGGUUGCACUAAAGGGGCAAGUUCAAAGGGACAAACUAAGCGUCAAGUUGGAAUAAGACCCCUCUAAAAAGUUUAGAAUGGAAUCAUGUAGCACAAACAGCUUUUUAUUUAUAAACCUUUAUACUGUGUAAAACUUUAAGCCUUUAUACUGUAUAAAACUUUAAGUGGUUCAUGCUAAUUGGA